GCGCUCCGCAGCGCCCACAGUAGCGGUCGCAGCCGGACCGAGCGGAGCUCCCCCCGGCCCCUCCUCGUUCCCCGCAGCCCCGGGGCUGCUCUGUCAGACGCUUCCCGCAGAGGGUGCGGAGGACAUCAUGCCUUCGCCCCCAUCGCUCGUACUCCUGCUGCUGGCGUUGCCGGGGGCCGCGGCGAUGCCAGGCACAGCCGGGCAGCGCUCAGAAGGCGGCGUGCACCCAAACCAGGGCGCGGGUGGAGGUGGGAUGCUGCCCGUGGCUGCACGGGAUAACGCAGAACUGAAGGCACGGCCGCGCCGGGGCACGGUGGAGGACUCCAAGUCGGUGCAGCAGUACGUGCCGGGGGUGAGGGUGGAGUUCCCAAGGCCCAUCAAUGCCGCCAGCCUGCACCCCACCAGGGCCAUGGUGCCAUCCAGCACCGACCCCUCCGAGCAGCAGCGGGGGAUCCCCACGGAUGGGGGGGCUGAACCUGCCACCAACCUGACCACAGUGUCUGACAAACGGCUGCAAAUCCAGAACCCGCUGUACCCGGUGACAGAGAACUCCUACAGCGCCUACGCCGUCAUGUUCCUGUCUCUCAUCGUCUUCGCGGUGGGCAUCAUCGGGAACCUCUCGGUGAUGUGCAUCGUGUGGCACAACUACUACAUGAAGAGUGCCUGGAACUCCAUCCUGGCCAGCCUGGCUUUCUGGGACUUCCUCAUCCUCUUCUUCUGCCUUCCUGUGGUCAUCUUCAAUGAGAUCACCAAGAAGCGGCUGCUGGGGGACAUCUCGUGCCGCAUCGUGCCCUUCAUGGAGGUAUCAUCCCUAGGAGUCACCACCUUCAGCCUCUGUGCCCUGGGCAUCGACAGGUUCCACGCGGCCACCAGCCCACAGGCCAGCGCCCGGCCCAUUGAGCAGUGCCAGUCCAUCAUUGCCAAGCUGGCUGUCAUCUGGGUGGGCUCCAUGACGCUGUCAGUGCCGGAGGUCCUGCUCUGGCAGCUGGCUCAGGACACAUCACCCGUGUCCGGCGUGGUGACCGAGUAUUGCACCAUGAAGCCUUCAUCCAAUCUGCCCGAGUCCGUCUACUCGCUGGUGCUCACCUACCAGAACGCUCGGAUGUGGUGGUACUUUGGCUGCUACUUCUGCCUGCCCAUCCUCUUCACCGUCAGCUGCCAGCUGGUGACCCGCAGGAUCCGUGGCACCGAGAAGAAGGCCGAGUGCCGUGGGACCAAACACAGCCAGUGUGAGAGCCACUUGAACUGCACCAUCAUCGGGCUGACCAUCAUCUAUGGGCUCUGCACCACCCCCGAGAACGUCUGCAACAUCGUGGUGGCCUACAUGUCCCCUGACAUGUCCAAGCAGACCUUGGACCUGCUCAACCUCAUCAACCAGUUCUUUCUGUUCUUCAAGUGCUCGGUGACGCCCGUCCUGCUCCUGUGCCUCUGCAGACCGUUAGGCCAGGCCUUCAUGGACUGCUGCUGCUGCUGCUGUGAGGGCUGCGGUCCCGAUGCCACCUCCAGCGAGGGCAGCGCCGACAGCAAGCUCAAGACAGAGAUGUCCUCCUCCAUCUUCUUUGACAAGCCCCGGGAGUCUCCUCCACCCCUCCUGGCCCUCGGCACGCCCUGCUAAGAGCCAGCCAGGAGCCGUAGAGAGCACUUCACCACCUCCUCCCAAGACCGAGCAUUGUUUUUGCCAUUAGUGCCCCAUGCCUGGACGUGGAGCAAGCAGGAGAGACAGCUCAGGUGCUGCACCGUGGGCUUCAAACCCCGUGUUGGGUAACAAGUGUCCAGUCCCCAUGGCUACACCAGUGGCCUUCUUGCCUCUGCCCAAAGGACGUCACCUCCCUCUGUGCCUGGUCAGGCUCAGAGCGUUGCUGCUCUGCUGAUGGAGUUGUGCAGGAAAGGUUCCAUCUGCUAUUAAGGAGGGUUUGCAGAGGACUUAGCAAACACAAACUGCCCUCGUCCUGUCCCGUCCCCUCCUGCCAGCCCCCUCCAGUAGGAGAAGGUCCCAGAGACCAGAUCCCAGCAGUGCCCUGUAAAGUUCAAUAAACCAGUAAACUAGA